AUUCUAUCUAACAAUCAGUCUACCAACUAAACCAGUCCAGUAAUCUAAUCCUCUUAACACUACUCUUUUUAUACUUCUUCUAUAUCUCAUAUAACAACCAUUAUAACCAUGGAUCUCCAAGGACAACCCAUCCCCCCUGGCCAGAGAAGCACUAAGGUCACUUCCGACCCCGAGCGCAGAAACAACCCUAUUCAAGAGCCCUCUGGUCCCAUCACCAACGACUCCUUGGCCGCCGAAUCAGCCACCCAGGGCGGCGCUUUCUCCCAGAACCGCGGAGCCCAGCCCAUGGGCGUUUCCGCAGGUCAAUCCACUGUCCGAAACACCGACACCAGUGCUGCCACUAAGCUCGACUCCAACGCCGACACCCAGGACAGGUACCCCGAGGGUCUAGGCGGACAAGGCAACUACCCUGGCGCUCACCUUCCCGAGUCCGGCUACGUCGGUGGUCCCACUGCUGCCCAGAAGGAACUCGGUAUCGGCCAGGGCCAGUACCCUGCUUCUCAGAAGCUGUCUCAGCAGCAACAGUCCUCUGGAGGAGGAAGAAGCGGUGGUGCUAGCUACUCCCAGCAGCAGCAGCAGCAGCCCGCUCAGGCUAGUGGCAGCGGCUACCGUAGCCAGCACAAUGCUGGAGCCGCGCCGUCUUACGUUCACGAUGUGACUGGUAGCUUGAGUGACAGCAAGCCCAAGGGUGCCAACCUGAAGGAAGGAGAUAUUCCUGAUGAUGCGCCGAAUGCUAGCUGGACUACUGAUAUCGGUAGUGAGAAUGACCCUGGUCGGUUGGCACAGGGUGGCUUCCAGCGUAAGACUGCGGAGAGUGGUCCUGAUGGUACCAAUGCCGGUAGACAGAAGGGCAUCGAUAACCAGCAACCGUACCAGGCUUUGCAGUCGGACCAGAGGGCUUGAUUUUUGGGCCAUUGAUGGAUGAUGUUAUGAAAAGCAAAGCGCGUUUAUUAUUUUUGGAUCUUCCCCGUGUGUAAUGGUUUUUGGGGGUUUUGAAGGAAUGGGCUUAUUCUUCGAGAAGGACUGCGUCCUUCCAUUCCUGUAUUAGUGUAUCUAUCUAGAUGAUAUGAACAAUCAGAGACUGACCAGA